AUGAUUUUUCUUCUUUAUCUAGGGAUUGUGUUUGGAGAGAUAUUCAGCAUGAAGAAGCGAAGAAGCAUGGAGGUGGAGCUUGAUGUGAUUGAGAACAAGAUAUGCAAAGGAUACCUGAAGCCAAUUGACUUUAAGAAUGCGACAUGCAAGGUGCUGCUGGAGUCUGAGGAAGGACACGAGUACCUGUCGAAUGUGAAGCUGGCUACGGAUAGCGAGACACACUUUUCGUUCAGCAUCAACUCUCCAAAGACAUUAAAGAUGACCUUGGUGCCUGUGGUGCUUGAUGAGGAGAAGCCCCAUGUGUUUGGGGAUGUGGAGUUUGAGUUUAGUGCGCAGUUUGAUACAUUUAAGAAGGAUGUUGCAAAGAAGGUGAGUGUUGAGCCAGCAAUGGCAGCGAUGACAAAGUUAGACAACCUUCUGUAUGACCUGAUUAGGCAGUCUGAUGAGCUGGUGCGCAGCAUACAUGACGUUGAUUACAAACACAAGGGAAUGUUUUCUUUUGUGUCAGUGUUUUCGGUUGUGAUUCUGAUGAUAUACUUUGGAGUGAAUUUCUAUGAGUUGUAUUCACUGCGAAAGUUUUUCCAGAAGAAGAAGAUGAUAUGA